GUGGCAAAGGAAGAGAUAGCCUUUGUGUGAAAAUCCCAUACUCAGCUUCGUCCUUUUCCAAUCCAAAUCCCCACUCCCCUUAACCGGAUCACUCUUUCUCUCAAUCAAAUACAAACCCAUUACCAGAACAAUCAGACGCGAAGGAAUACUCCAUGGCCAACGUGAUCAUGGCCUCCUCCAAGCUCAUAUCCCCUCCCUCUAUAUCCUCCUCCGUUACCCCAACUUCCAGACCCAAAAUCUCACUCCAAGUCUCACUACCCAAAAUCCCGAAAAUCUCAAAGACCCAGUUGCAGUCCCUCUCGACCUCGGCUCUCAAAUCUCUCUCCCUGGCAGCAGCGACCUCUCUGGCUCUGGCGCCCCCAUCGCUGGCGGUGGAAAUCGAAAAGGCGGCGCUCUUCGACUUCAACUUGACUCUGCCCAUUAUAAUGGGGGAGUUUCUACUGCUGAUGGUGGCGUUGGACAAGAUCUACUUCACACCGCUGGGGAACUUCAUGGACGAGAGGGACUCAGCCAUUAAAGAGAAACUGGGCGGAGUGAAGGACACGUCGGAGGAGGUGAAGAAGCUGGAGGAGCAGGCGGCAGCAGUGAUGAAGGCGGCGAGGGCUGAGAUAUCGGCGGCGCUGAACAAGAUGAAGAAGGAGACACAGCUGGAAGUGGAGCAGAAGCUGGCGGAGGAGAAGAAGAAGUUGGAUACAGAGUUGCAGGAGGCGUUGGCCAAAUUGGAGCAGCAGAAGAUCGAGUCUAUCAAAUCUCUCGACUCCCAAAUCGCUAAUCUCAGUCAGGAUAUUGUCAAAAAGGUCCUUCCUCUUUGAUUUUUUUUUUAUUCCUUUUGAAAGGGCAAGAUUUAUAUUUGUAUGAUAAUAUUAUGGGAUGCAUGUAUUAAUAUGUAAUCAAAUCAGGGGAUAUAUUUAAAUUUUUUUUAAACAAUUUAAAAGCUUAGUUUUGAAAAAAAUAAAGGUCCAAAUUUUGUAAA